AUGACAUCCCAGUAUGGUUUUCAAGGAAGUCAACCCGAAGGAAAGCGACUAGACGAAGAAGAAUUCGGCAUGUUAAACAAUAUUUCAUCAAGCACUAUUUUUCUAUCUGUGUCAGAAAAUAAGAUAAAUAUCUGGUUACUUUUGAAAGAGAAACCUGUUCUUCACCGACAGAAGACGCUUUGCCGCCACUUUUCAGAUAAUGCAGCAGAUGAAACAUUACAGUCCCUAACCCAACUUGCCCAAGAAAACAAUGGUAUUCGUGCAAAUGUUAACUGCGAGAAUCGGUCCUUAGAUGUCUUACGCGAAAACUGCUAUACCGUGGUACGGUCAUCCAAAAAGUGUUCACAGCAAACUCUCCAAGAGGAUAACCCCCCCCCCCCCCCCCCCCCCCCCCCCCCCCCCCCACCUGACUACUCCCCCCCCCGCCCCCGCGCGGGGGGGCGGGCCGAAGUCACCACCGUGGACCGCCGUAUGCCGCCACCUCCUCUUUUUUUUUUUUCUUUUCUUUUUUUUAUUCUUUUAUUUUUUUUUUUAAAACACAUAUUAGUCCACUCCAUCUAUCUUUAUACCCCCCCCCCCCCCCCCCAGCCGCCUUGUACAGCUAUGUGAUUCCCCGAUACUGGAUCCGAUUGAGGGCGAUGAGCUAAUCAUAGUCCCGGAUGGUCCAUUAUGGCUAGCUCCGUUUGCUGUAUUGCUGAAUCCUUUUUCCAAAUACUUGUGUGUAUCCUUCAAAGUCAGAUUUAUUCCUUCGCUGACAAGUUUGAAAAUUAUUUCUCAUUGUCCAAAAUUCCACACUAACAGCAGUAGUGGAGCUCUAGUUGUAGGGGAUCCAGACAUGAGUGAAGUUGCCAACAGCCAAGGAAAUCAGAUCCUGGAGCAGCUUCCUUUUGCCAGACAAGAAGCAUAG